AUGUUUUCAAGCGGUCCUAAUUACCCAAAACUCAAAACAAACCUUCGAUUAUCAAUAUCAAGAUUAAAAUUGCUCCAGAAAAAGAAAUCAGAGUUAACUGAGAAGUCCAGAAAAGAAAUUGCUGACUACAUAGUAGCUGGAAAGAUCGAAAGAGCCAAGAUCAGGGUGGAAUACAUCAUCAGGGAAGAUUACCUUGUAGAAGCUUUAGAAGUAGUUGAAAUGUACUGUGAUUUGCUGCUGGCAAGAUUCGGGCUUAUUUCAAACAUGAAAGAAUUAGAUGAUGGAAUAGCAGAAGCUGUAUCAAGUCUUAUUUGGGUGGCUCCAAGACUUAUGUCAGAUGUACAGGAAUUGAAAGUCAUUGCUGACCUUUUGUCAACAAAAUAUGGCCCUCAAUAUGCAGAAGCCUGUAGAAUAGAAUCCGUCGAAUCUAUAAGUGCUAAGUUAAAGCACAAGUUGUCAAUUCAAGCUCCUCCAAAACUUCUCGUUGAGAAAUAUAUGAUAGAAAUAGCAAAAUCUUAUAAUGUGCCUUAUGAACCUGAUGCACAGAUUAUGGCUACAGAGAAAGGACACGAUGCACUGUUGAUCGACUUAUCCACAAACAACUUGGGUGGCGGUGGUAUGCCCCAACCUCCAGGAUUUUUCGGUUACCCCCAACCACCACCGCUUCCGCAGUUCGUAAAUCCCAUGCCUCAACCAUUUACUUACCCGGACCAGAAAGGUAAAGAACUUAAUAUCGAUCCAACGGCACCUCCUACACCUCCAUUUGCUUAUAAUAUUCCACCAAAUGGAGAAAAAGAAGUUAAUACUGAUAUCGGGGAAGAAUUACCAACUUACAGACAUCUUUAUCCAAAUUUCGCUACUCCAAAGAGUGGGGAAACAGACGAUAACGCAUCAGGAGGCAAUACGGAAAAAACAGAUCAGGAGAAUCCUAAAGACCUGAAUCUAGAUGUUAAUUUAGAGAAUAGCAACACUGCACCAAAACCUGCUCCAAGAUCAAAGCUGAACGACAAAGUCUAUGAUCUACCAGAACUUCCAUCAGUACCCAACAUGGACCCGAGCCCCGGCGGAAAAGACGACGAUAUCGACUUCGACGACUUGUCCAGAAGAUUCAACGAGCUGAAGAAGAAACACUAA